AUGGCCAGAGCUCCAAAUAAGCACGGUCGCGAUCAAGCUCUGGAUUUCCAGGGGUUUUUGAGUGACUUGCAGGACUGGGAGCUUUCUCUCAAGGACAAGGACAAAAAAAUGAGGCCACAAGAUUCACACCAGGAAAAGCUGAAGACUAGAGAUUUAGGAACUAGUUCGGGGAAUUAUGACUACUCGAGGAAUUUAGAUUCAAUCAAUACAAUGUCAAGUAGUUUCACUUCAGAAGAUAGUCUUCCCGAUGCUGCUUCAGAGAAAGAAUUGGGUAAUGAGUAUUUUAAGCAGAAGAAGUUUAAGGAAGCUAUUGACUGCUAUUCAAGAAGCAUUGCUUUGUCUCCGUCUGCAGUAGCUUAUGCAAAUAGAGCAAUGGCAUAUAUAAAAAUCAAAAGUUUCCGGGAAGCUGAGGAUGACUGUACUGAGGCCUUGAAUUUGGAUGAUCGUUAUAUAAAAGCAUACUCACGACGUGCAACGGCUAGAAAAGAACUUGGAAAACUUAAAGAAUCAAUUGAAGAUGCUGAGUUUGCCCUGAGGUUGGAGCCUCAGAACCAAGAAAUCAAGAAACAAUACACUGAGGCCAAAUCUUUGUAUGAGAAAACAAUUCUUCAGAAGGCAUCUGGAGCACUGAAAAAUUCUGUACAAGAAAUGCAGAAAGUGGGAAAGUUGGAUACCAAAGUGAAUGGACAAAGCAUCCAGCCUGUCUCCAGCAGUGCUCAAAUAACAGAAAUGACUGCAGUUCAAGAUCACACUAAGAUAAAUAACACAACUAGGAAGCAAGAGGUGAAGGCAUCGAUACAAGAGCUUGCUUCUCGAGCUGCUUCCCGAGUCAAGGCUGUAGCUGCGGAAAAUAUCACACCACCAAAUUCGGCAUAUCAAUUUGAGGUUUCUUGGCGAGGACUUGCUGGAGAUAAUGCUCGACAGACUAGCCUGUUGAAGGCUAUAUCUCCAAGUGCAUUGCCGCAGAUAUUCAAAAAUGCUUUGACUGUUCCCAUACUUCUUGACAUUAUCAAGUGUGUGGCAACCUUUUUCAUUGAAGAAAUAGAUUUGGCCGUUAAUUAUUUGGAGAACUUAACCAGGGUUCCAAGAUUUGACACACUCAUCAUGUUUCUUUCAUCCUCAGACAAUGCUGAUCUUGUUAAGAUAUGGGAUGAAGUGUUUGACAAUGAGGCAACUCCAAUUGAGUAUGCCGAGAAGCUUGAUAACCUGCAUACAAAGUACUGCCCCAAGCGAUGA